AUGGACAGAGACGACCGCGAAGAGCUUUCAAAGUGCCUUUACUGGUCAAUUCUAAGAAUAACCGGUCCGCCUGAGUUGGAAUUGCCUGAACCCAGGUUUGAAAUCACCCACUCUGUCAUUGAGAAAAGUCUUGCCCUACUCGACCCGGAAGAUUUCUUGUGCCAGGCCCUCUUAUAUUUCCAGAAUUACCUCCAGCAUAAAGAACUGCGUAAGCACGAAGAUCUGAUUCAUUUUGAGAUAGCUAGUCGUCUAUAUGCCGAUAUGAGAGGGAUUCCGAUCGAGGACAUCCUACUAGAGUAUACGACUGGAAACUGGCUGGAAGAGCUAUUAGGAACGAGUGGCGAGGAAGCGGUAGACGCUGCACCUAUGGACUACCACGAAUCUGAAGAUCAAUUGAGAACUGACAUGGAUAUAGAUAUACCGGAGUCAGGAACCUAUCAGGCCUCAGUUGUUGACUUGCUCAACGAAGCAAGAAUUGAAUCUCAAGAUCCGACGCAGACAGCUCGGAAACGUCAUCUAGACAACGGUUAUGAUGGUGAUGAGAGUUCUUUGCAAGGGAAGAAGCGGGCGAGAAUCUUACAGGAGUCGUAUGAGUGA